AUGCGGUUACAAUUACAAGGAGCUUCACUGCUCAUCUCUACACUUUUCUCGGGCCUUGCGGCCGCAACCGGAUUUGACUGCGCGCACCUGAACGUUGAUGGCUACAAGUAUGAUUUCAGCUCCCUAGGCGGUGUCCACGAGCUGUACCACGUCAAUGAGACGGAAUCAUGGACGACGAAUACGACCUAUGUAAUCAACAUCUGCAACAUUUUGAACAAGGCUGCGAACCGCCCGGAGGGGAAGUGCGGCACUUCUAAGAACAUCUGUGGCUUUGUAGACGAAAAGCCCAAGGACGGCAAUGGCGGCAUUCAAUUCGGCUUCCCGAUCGUUGGCCUCGACCAUGCCGGUGCGGGAACCAAGGAUCCCAAAUUCACCCGAUUGAACACCAUCGAUGAGAAUUUGCAGGGCGUCCGUGUCGAGUUGGGUGGCGGUGAAUAUAGAGGCGACCACAACGACGCGAAGCCCAAGGAUGCGAGCGCCCAGAUCGAUUUCCAGUGCGACCCUGACCGAUCUGGACUGGAGGGUCUCAGCGCUCGAGACGAUUCGAUGGAACGCCGAGACGAGAGUGACUCUACUCGGGGUCGCAGUCUUGAAUUCAAGAGCUUCGGUCUCACGGAGAAUGAUAAGUAUUUGCUCAAGUUGGACUGGAAGACGCGGUUCGCCUGCGAUGAAUACCAGCGUGGGAAGAACGGCUCCACUCACUGGGGCUUUUUCACUUGGAUGAUCAUCAUUCUCUUCCUCGCCAUCGCCACAUACCUCAUCUUUGGCUCGUGGUUGAACUACAAUCGCUAUGGCGCCCGCGGCUGGGACCUUCUCCCGCACGGUGACAUCCUGCGCGACAUUCCGUAUAUCUUCCAGGACUGGGUUAAGCGAGUGCUCAACACUUUGCAAGGAUCUGGCUCGCGGGGUGGAUACAGUGCUGUCUAG